CAAAGGGCAAUAAAAAGUCAGAACCGUGUACUUCUAUGGUUGAUUUGAGCAUGGCAUCAGACGGACCAGGAGUGACCACAGAAUCACCCGAGGACCAAGGAGAUGAUGGCCACCUGACAGAGGCAGGGGUCUCAGCUGACCCUAAUAGUGGUGAAGACACUCUAAAAGCCACAGCAGAGUCAGCAGAGCGGGAUGAGGAUGGAGUCAAAGUAUGCCAGUUUUUCCUGAUGGGAAAGUGUCAUUUUGGACUCAGGUGCCGCUUAUCUCACAGUGAUCCAUCACUAGAUGAUUCAGGGGCUUUGUCUCCUGAUCCGGAUGACACACCGGAUGGAGAAAAGAUGGAAAAACACAAGAAGAAGACAGGCAAAGUGAAGAAAGCAAAAAAGCCAGAAUACCAGGAGGGACAAGAAGUCAACAAAAAGCCCCGUAUGCGCACAGCAGAUGACGUUAUCUCUCGGAUACUAUGGGACACAUCAGUCAAUGCAUCAGAAUUUGUAGUGGGCUAUGUGGAUCGCUUCCUUGGUGUGCUGGAUCGACCUUUCUGUGACUUCAACUGGGACACAAACCCCUGCGACUGUGAUUACACUUCUGAACUGGCCCUGCCUAGACACAGGAUCCAGUACUUCACCUACAGAGGGCACCGCGUCUGGGACCGCCACAGCAGAACUGACAGGGUGUUUGGCUCCACCGGUCAAUCUCUGGCUCCCCCCUUUGGAGGGGAUGAGGAAGUAAAGGAAAUGAACACAGAAGACCAAGAGCAACAACAAGACGGCAUUAAAACAACUGAAGUCACAGAAGUCAGUGGGCAGGAAGAGAGUGAAACAGAAGAGUGUGCUCAAACUGGGAACACACAUCUGGAGGAAAAGGAGCAGAAUGAGAUGAAUAUUCACACCCCUGACUCAACACAACCACCACCAACGUGUAGAGGAAACGCCUCUCAGGAACAGCAAUCACGAGGAGCAUGUGUUGUGGAGGAGGCUGCAAAUAGAGUUAAGGCUUCAACAGAACAAAUGUCCUCACUCCAAAAAGAGGGAGUGACUAUAAAAGAGGAGAGAGAGCGAGGUGCUUUGGUAGGAUUGCAAGAAAGCUUGGAGGGCAAUGAAGAUACUUUGAGUUAUCUCGGGGCCCUGGACAUUAGCCAGAAUCCACCAGCACCUCUGGAGCAGAGAGAGGAGAAAUGCGGUGGUCGCCCCCCUAAAAAACGACCCACGCACUUCAUCACCUUCAGGGCCAACACUCCUGGUAUCCUCACCAGUUUCCAGCAGCUGCAGGAGGAGGUACUUUCCCUUUUGCCCUCCUCUGCCCCUCACUGGCAUACUGCCUCCAACCUUCAUGUCACCCUGUGCCUCUUGGUGCUGCACAGCCCAGCUGAAGUAGCCGCUGCUGGGGAGAUCCUCCGACGGUUUGCCCAUUUUGAUCGCAAUCCCCCGGUGGCUGUGACCUUUCCUGUGAAGUUGAAGCAUUUCAAUGGGAAGGUGCUCUAUCUUAGCCCCCAGCCUCAACUGCCCCUCCAGCAGCUCAACAGUGGCCUGCAGGAAGCCUACAGGAAGGAGGGAUUGCUCCACAGGGACUCCUACAACCCGCGCUACCACCUCACUCUGGCCAAGGUAGAGGACAAGGAGGGAGAGAGGAUUUUUGAAGGGGUGGGGGACCUUAAGGUGGGGAAGGGUUUUAAUUUUGGCCGUCUGCCGGUUAACACCUUACAUCUUUGUGCCAUGGGCGGCUCCAGAGUUGAUGGUUUUUAUGAGAUUGUGUGCACAGUAACUCUUCGAUAGAAGACCGAGCCAUUUCACAUGCACUACAAACAUUACAUUACUGGGUGCAAUAUCACUGAGCACAUUGCAUUUGAACGAUUCAUGUGGCCUUACCAACCAAAUUUUGUAUCCGCGUUUCAAUGUUUUAAAUUAGCGAAGAUUCACUGUGGGUAAAAGGGCGUAAAGUGAAACUUGAGCUGCGGGACAGUGAUAAACACCCUUUGUUCAGUUAUUAAAAAUGUAUUUUAAUCUAUCUACAUUAUAUGUCAUAUUGAUAUUUCAAGAUGAGAAAUGAAUGUAGCCCACACAUAAUACAGUUUUAUAAUGCAAACUUUUUUCAUGUUAUAAUGCAAAGUUUCAGCAGUCCUCUUAUUUGUUGCCUUCAGUUGCUAGAAAUUGAAGAUUAAAACACUAUGAAACACGCACUUGCUGAUUAAACAUCUUUCAAAACGGGAGCCGAAAAGAUUAUUAAAUUAAUUACAUAGUUGAUCAAUAGAAAAUGUAUCUGCAGCUAUUUUGACGACCGAUUGAUUGAUAGUUCUAACUUGUGCAUUGUUAGAACUUGCCGAUGCUGCUUUACUUUGUCACUUUGUCUUAUGUUAUGAUAAACUCUACAUUUUUUUAUUGUUGGUUAAACUAAAGAGACAUUUUGAAGACAUCGCCUUGGACUUCUCAUGAAAAAAGACCUAAAUUAAUAAUUUCAUUGUGAAAAUAAUCAAAACAAACAUCAGUGGCAGCUGUAGUCAAAAUGGAUCCCACUGUGUAAAUCAUGACGAAAUUUCAGUGUAAACUUCGAUUUGUACUUGGGUCAAAUCAGCCUCCAGGUCCAGGAGGUAGCACAUGAUUUUUAUGUGCUCUUUUGCAACCAAGGAAAAUUAUUGUAGAGAAAAGAUGAUGAUAUAGAUGAUGUAAUUGCUCACUUUUCAUCAGCUGAGUCUUUUCACUCACUACCCAUGUAGAGUGAAAUACCUACUUCCUUUAAAUGCAAAAAUUGCCUCAAGAAAAAAAAAAAGACAUUGCCUUUUUCUUCCCUCUAUCUAUUAUGUAUUGGGCCAAAUAAGGUGACUGGGGCCAACUUUGGCCUGCAGGCCCCACUCUGGGCAUCUUUGAUAUCUAGUGUUUUACUACUACGCUGACAGGACAUAUGCACCUGCCACGAAGGCGAUUACAGGAUACAUAAAUUGUUUAUGAGAGGGUAAAAAUUAUGUUUUGUUUACAGCCAUGAAUUUACCAAAGUAGUUGUUUUCUGCAGCUCGUAAUUCCAUGAUUUAUACAAUCUGUUUUAUAUGAAUAUUGUAUGGGCUGUGUUCCACAAGAAGGAUGUCUUUGUAUCAUUUAACAAUGAAUUAUAACCACUAGAUUGUCAAGGACAUUAAAUAUUGAACUGGUUAUUUUAAA